AUGACAACAGAUAGAACAACAACAUCAAAGAGAGGUGAUGACCUCAUUCAUAGGACAACAAGAUCCUUGCUCAUAGUUGAUAGUAACCCUUUGAAGAAGCACUUCAAUCGUCCAACUGGUCCACCCAUAAAGAUUGUGAUCAACAAGAAUAAGAAUAAGGACAAGGAUCACAAACAAUCUGAUCACAAUGGAAAUGGAAAUGGAAAUGGCAAUGGCAACGGCAAUGGAAAUGCCAAGAACAAUGAUGUUGGUGAUGCCCCACAACACUUGGUUGACUUGUUCAAACAACUUGAUACUUCAAAGAAUGUGGACAACACCAAACAGGAGGAAGAGGAACAAGAGGAGGAUGAUGGAUCAUUCGAUUUCAAAGUAUUACAUACUCAUACUUUGGCAUCAUCCUUGUCAUCAUUGUCAAGUAAUGGAACCAACUCAUUCUCAUUCUUAUCGACGUCCACAACAUCACCAUCAAGUCUCGACUCCAUACUCAAUCUGUCCAAGCAAAGACUUCAUCUCCAAACUGUAUUGGCAAGUUUGUUAAACAAACAUUGUGAGCAAUAUGCUCUGUUUGUUGAGGCCACCCUAUUGCCAUUACUGGACCUCAUUGGUGACAGUCAAUUCCUUAAAGUAGUUGGUGCCAAAGAAGUCCACCGUUUGGAUUCAAACGCCUACAGCUCUGAUCAAUCUGAUCUAAUAUAUAUAAUAAGGGACAGUCUGGACGAUGUCAAUCAGGUGAUUGAUAGCAUCGCAUUACAUAAGGAGUAUGACUCAUUGGACAGACAAUUCAUUAUUAUACACAUGUACCGAAUCAAUCCAUUCUGGAUACAAUUGUUGGAGGAGGCUGGAAUUGAAGCAAUACAUCAUGAACUACCAGCAUACAUGGUACCACUUGAGAGUGAUAUACUCUCAUUGGAGUUGCCACCAGAGUCCUACUCAGCAUUGCUCACCGAUCAGAACAGGACAGUGUUGUCUGCAGUGCUCAAAUCAAUCAAUCAACUACAACAUCAAUAUGGAAUCAUUCCAAGUAUCAGAGGCAAAGGAAUGUUCUCAAAGAUGAUAUAUGACCAACUUGGAAUGUCCCGCGAGGAGCUUGUUAAGAAGAAGGUUGGAAUUAGCACCGAAAUAGAUAGUUUGAUACUGAUUGAUCGCGAGAUAGACCUUGUGACUCCAUUUUGUCUGCCACUGACCUACGAAGGCCUGCUGGACGAGUUCUUUUCAAUAUAUAGCAAUAUUGUCGAGUUGGACAAUAGAGCCAUAUACUUUAAAGACACUGAGAGCAUGGAUGGUGGUAUAAACUCAGUCCUCUCAAUGUUGUUGAACUCUGAUGAUCAAUUCUUCAAGGAUACUAGAGACUUGAACUUGUCUCAAGUGGUUGGAAAUGAUGGAUUGCUCAAUAUCAAGUCAAUGGCAUAUGAGGAAUUGUUCUCUAAUAUCAACCUUGGCGAUGUAUCAACUGCCCAACUCAAGGAUAUCAUGAACAGUAUCACAAGGCUUGACACACAUAUCUGUCUAGCAGAGAGACUGGCCGAAUGUAUAACAAUGAGUGACUUUAAUCAAGAGUUCCAGCAUCAACAUAAGCUGCUUAGAAACAAGGGCAUCGAAGAGGUUGAGAAGUAUAUAAGCGAUUGUAUCUUUGAAAGACAUUAUCUAGAGAAGGUAGUUGGAAUGAUGGCAUUGUACAGCCUGACUGUUGGACGAAUACCAUCAGAGUUGUACGACAAUUGGAAGUUUAACAUUGUACAGACUUAUGGCAUCCAUACAUUGAUACUACUUAAUCACUUGGAGGUGGUUGGUCUGCUCCAGACCAAGAGUAUCGAUCAGGAUGGUAUCAUGUUUGGCGAGUCGUCAUCGGCAUCAAAGUACGAGCAACUGAGGCAACUAAUGAAUUUGACACCCGAGGCUCACGACACGGACAUCUCCUACACUCACUCUGGCUAUGCACCUCUAAUUGCACGAAUCCUCGAGAGGUACUUCAGUAGUCAGGACAAUGAUUGGAUGCGAAUGGAUGAUGUAAUGAACCUCUUACCUGGUCCACUGUUUGAGGGUACACUGCCCAAGUCAGCACCAUCAACAACAACAGAUUCGCAACAAGAGAAUGGACAGACACAUGAGACUACGACAGAGGUAGCAGCAACGCCAGGAGUGGAGAGAAAGAAGACAAUAGUAUACUUCAUUGGUGGAUGUACAUUCUCAGAGAUCAGUGCACUGCGACAUCUGAGCAAGAAUGGUUCACGAGACUUUAUAGUCUGUACAACUGGAUUGCUAAAUGGCAGGAAGUUUGUUAACUCCUUUGGCGUUGUAUAG